UGUCGAUCUCCCCCAACAAGCAAGUGCGACCAUCAGCGAAGCGGGAGUCAGACCUUGCGCAACAGAGCCACAAGCACGCCCAUGGUCAACCCAGCGGGCGCGGCUCCCAGCCGCAGGAGGGGCGCGCUGCUCCUCUUUGCCGUCGUCGUCGUUGUCCAGCUGGCGUGUUGGCGGGGCACUCAGCGUCUGCGAGCAGCGGCGUCGUCGUCGGGCCUCGAGUCGUCCUCGUCCUCGUUCCCUCUCGACUCAUUGUCUGCUCCCUGGGAGAGGAGGGCGCUGGAUCUGGUCGAAGAUGGCGUGCCAAUAGAGGAUGAGAGCCACAAGCACAAGCACAGUCGUACCUCGAAACAUUCCUCUUCCUCUUCCUCCUCAUCGUCAUCGUCGUCAUCGUCAUCAUCAUCAUCAUCAUCAUCAUCUUCGAGCAGCAGCAGCAGCAAGAAGGCGACAACAACAUCGACGCUGUCCUCGUCACCAUCGCCGACACUGAUCCGUUGCCAGCCAUUACCCUUUUCCAAGCCGCCCAACGAGGUGUGCGAGCAUGUACGGCAGCACUGCCCUUCGUCUGGCCACCUCGACUAUCUCGAGUUCUACUACUGCAUUGGGCUUGACGCCCCGGCCAAUGCCGCGCUGCGCGAGGUCAGCAGCCCCAGAGCGACACCUGCUCCUUUGUCUUCAAUCUCGGCAAGCUCAAAGAAGGUCCUGGAGAAAGACGAGGGACAGGGCCGAGUGUAUGCCGAGAAGGAAAAGACACCGACGCCGCCGUCACCGUCGCCGGAGCCGCUGCCAGGCCGACUGGUGCUGCUGCGGGCCGCGGCGCUGACGACCAUCAUCCUCUGGAUGCUCUUCCUAUUUUCCUGGGUCGGCGUCGUCGCCAGCGACUUUUUCUGUCCCAACUUGGGCACCAUUGCUGCACGCCUGGGCAUGAGCGAGAGCACCGCGGGCGUCACCUUUCUCGCCUUUGGAAACGGGAGCCCGGAUGUGUUCAGCACCUUUGGCGCCAUGAGGACGGGGAGCGGAUCGCUGGCCAUUGGCGAGCUCAUCGGCGCAGCAUCGUUCAUCGUCAGCGUCAUCUCGGGCAGCAUGAUGCUCAUUGCGCCCUUCCGCGUCAAGCCCUACCCGUUUCUCCGCGACGUCGGCUUCUUCACCGUGGCCGUGGGCCUAACGCUGAGCUUCCUCAUCGACGGCAAGCUCCGCUUUGCCGAAUGCCUUGGCCUCGUCGGCCUCUACUGUGCCUACGCCACGACGGUCAUUGUGGGCAGCUGGUGGCAGCAGAGAAGGCGAAGGCAGCGCCUCCUCCUCGCUGCAGCACGGUCAGAGUACGACAGCUCCUCGUCUUACGGCCACGAGCGACACUCGUCGGAAGACGACGAUGGAUUCAGCGGUGGUGGUGGCGGCAGUAGUGGCGGCGCCCGUGGCAGCCAGCGAGCAAUGGCCGAUGUAGAGGCACGCAGCCCGUUCCUGAGCCUGCCGUCAGCGACGUCACCCGCGAGGAGACCAGUGAGCCCCUCGGAGUACGACCCAGACGUGGACCCGCUGGACCUGUGGGCAGCCGAGGCGCAGCAGCAGCAGCAGCACCGCAACGGCAGCCACAGCGACGUCAGCUCGAGACGGACGAGCCCCAUGGCAUCUCCCCACAUACGUGGUCACGUCGACCUGCCCACGUCGUCGAGCACGAGCUCGGCUGCGGCCGCGGCCAACAACCGGUUCCUCACCGCUGGUCGAUUCCGUCCCGGCGCCAUUGCUAGGCAUUCGCUGCUGGGCGCCGUGGAGUUUCGCGACGUGGUCAGGAGCCUGCAGCAGGAGGCCCUUGCCGACCGGAGCAUGGAGGUAUUUCAGAGCCGGGACCCAGAGAGGUUCCUCCACCAUCGCCAUCACCACAGUGGCUCUCAGCUGGCCCUCCACCCUUCGCCUCCGGCCAAUGUUGUGGGUGGAGCGCGACGGGGCCACGGUCGCAUCAAGAGCCUCGUCGAUGCGCGGCCGUCGAGCGCAGUCGAGGCCGGCGCCGGCAGCGGCUCCAAUCUCAUGCGCGACCGGUCAAUCAGCAUGGGGCCCCACGCAGCAGAGGGCAAGCCAGAGCUGAGGCGAGCCGCUUCGACGACGAUGGGCGGUGGAACGGGUGUGAUGGCGGCGGCCACGAGGAUGCGGGUCCAGGAGAAUGCGCAGCCGAGUGCCUUUGACGCACGCGCCGUCGCAGCCGCUGUGGGUGACCCUUGGCGCGAGCACGAGCAGGGCGAUGGUUGCGCAGAGGACGCAGACGUGCUGCCUCCGCCUGCCAUGCCUCUCGAGGAGGAGGAAGAAGCAGCGAAUCGCAAGCCUGUUCUGCCACGUCUGGUCGUUGGCGAGGAUGUGCGAAGGCAGGCAAAGGCACGGCCCAGAGGCGCCCGCAAGUCAACAUCCAAGUCUCUGCUUUCGGUGUCCAAGAGAGCAGGGAGCAGCAAGGGCGUCGAUGUCGAUAUCAGCAGCAGCAACAACAACAGCGUCCCGCCGACGACGGACUUCAGGCACCUGCUCAAGGUCCUCUUUCCCUCGCUGCGCCACUUCAAGGAAAAGAGCUGGCUGGGCAUUGCCGUCGGUGUCGUGACGGCGCCGGCGAUUCUCAUUCUCAACCUCACCCUUCCCGUCGUCGAUGACGAUGCCGAGCGCGCAGCCAUUGAAGGUCACAGCCUUGGUGGGUCGCCCGACGGAAGAAUCAGGCUCGAGGGCCAGGAACACGAUUUGUAUGCCAGGCAGCCCUAUCUCGGCGUGGCCACAGAGGACGACGAGGAGGACGCAAGCAUCAUUGAUCUGGAUGGCCGAAGUGCUCAGCAGCAGCAGCAGCGAUCGAGCAUGGGCUCGGCGGGCACGGGCAAUCCUUGGAAGAAUGCAGCAAACGAGGCCGACGAUGAUGAGCAAGUCGACCAUCUACGCGUCGCCGAUGCGUUGCAGAGCCUUCCAAGGGAGUCACCCAACCUGCUCGACGGCCUGAGCCCUUCGUCGCAGCGGCAGCAGAAGCGGCAUGGCGCGAGCCCAAGCGCCGAGGAAGCAUCCUCGGUUGUCAUUCGUGAUGAUGAUGAUGACGACGACAAUGGAGAUGAGGCCACGCCCUCCGAGGCUGCCAGCAUCGAGUCGUGGGCCAGUGACGACUCGCACCUCGACAACUCCCAGUCGUCUCACCUCUUUGUCGUCCUGGCACAAUGCGCACUCGCGCCGCCGUUCUGCGUCUGGUCCAUCACCACGAGCGCACGGUCGUCUGGCGUCGCAUGGAAGGUCGCCGUUGCCUUUGUCGUUGGGCUCUGCUGCGCCCUCGUCGCCUUUGUCGCUGUCCGACGCGCUCGUGCUGCGGGGACCGUGCUGAGCCCGCAAGCCGUGGCCACCGUGGGGUGGACCCGUGUGGCCAUGGGCUUCCUCGUCAGCAUCCUCUACAUCAUGACCAUCGUCGACGAGGUCGUGAGCAUCCUCCAGACCCUGGGUGUGAUCCUGGGGCUGUCCGAUGCCAUCCUUGGCUUGACCGUCUUUGCCAUGGGCAACAGCCUGGGCGACCUCGUGGCAAACGUCACCAUCGCCAGGAUGGGCCACCCCAUCAUGGCCAUCUCUGCCUGCUUUGCCGGGCCCUUGCUCAAUCUCCUGCUCGGCAUUGGCCUCUCUGGCUCGUACCUCCUCAGCGGCCGCUCCGCCCAAGGUGGUUCGGGCUCGUCGUCGUCGUCGUGGUUGACCUUGCCAUUCGCCCAUCCGACGCCUGGCGUGGAUGGUGGCAUCUACCACAUCGACUUUAGCCCCACGCUCUUUGUCAGCGGCAUCGGCCUCCUCGUCAUCCUGACGGGCACCCUCAUUGCUGUGCCGUUGAAUGACUUUUAUCUCAACAGGACGCUGGGCGCCACGCUCAUUGCGACCUAUGUGGUCAUUAUGCUCGUCAAUGUCGGCGUCGAGCUGUGGAGCCUAAGGCACCAAGUGUAAUUUCUGAUCUCUUCUUCAGUGCAGCUGCACUGCAUUAAUGUAUCAUUCCCCCGUUCCACUGUCAAGG